AUGUUUCUUAAAAUUGUCUUAUUUCUAUUCUCCGCCUCAUUUCUCACUAUAACCCACUCCAAACCAUUCGAGCAACAUGUCAUCCGAGACCGUGUGUUCGUUGAAAUCGAGGCUGUUCACUCGAUUGGUUUGGGUGCUGAAAUUCAAAUUGUCCAUGCCGUAGUCCCCCUCUCCACUGUCCCUGUGGAAGAGGCACUUGGUUCGGAGAGUGUUUGGUAUAUACCCGAGCAGCAGGAGUUUCCGAAAUUGGCCUACCUAACCUCCCACGGAUGGUUCUUCCUUCGAGAGCAUCAAUUCAGUCGGCUCAAAAAAAGAGCAUUCGCAAAGCCCGCCCCAAAAAAUGCUCAAUUGGAUGUGACGAGUCUGGUACGACUGGUACCAUCCACAUUUGAGAAUGUGCAGUUUAUUAAGAAAGGACCAAUGGGUGCGUAUAUCUACAGUGACGGUGGAAAGUUGCAGAAAAACUCGCAAUUUGAGGCGGUCCCAUCGACUCUCACCCGUACCACGGACACUCAAAUCGUAAAAACUGGAAAUUUGGCGGCGUAUAUCUACACAGAAGUGCCUGAACCUCAUUCCUACGUCCCUGGCGACGAAUCCCUGUACUGGCUUAUUCGGGCGGUCCCAUCUGACACCAAGGGCUCCAGAAGUUUCACGACACGCCUCCAUGAUGGAUCACUUUUGUUGUAUCACGGAAUGCCGAUGCUUAUUAAAUUGAAGAAUUGA